CUAAUAUAUUAAGGGGUUAUGUUUUUUUCUAAAAUUUUGGAGAGAAAUGGAGUAUUUGAACAGUAAAAUCUCUUUAAUAAGUCAGAGUGGCAUACGAUAUAUUGGAAUUCUGCAUGAUAUUAACUCAAAAGAUUCUACAAUAUCACUUAAGAACGUCCGUUCUUAUGGUACGGAAGGGCGUAAGGGGAAUCCGAGGGAAGAAAUUCCAGCAUCAGAGAAUAUUUUUGAAUAUAUUGUUUUUCGUGGAUCAGAUGUUAAAGACUUAAGAAUUGAGGAGCCGGCGCCUCCUAAAUCAGUUCCACAGAUGCCUAAUGAUCCUGCUAUACUUAGGAUAACAGAACCUCAAUUGCAUCAGUCUCAACAAGGAUAUUCUUUUUCGAAUCAAACGUAUCAAAAUAUUCCUAAGUAUUCAUCAUAUCAGGGAUAUAAUACUUCUCCAAAUCUUCAGAUAGGAGCAUCACCUGCAUAUUAUGAUAAUGUUUCAGGAAUUUCUGAACAUUCAGUUAAUCAAAAUCAUUCAUCUAAACAAUCUUUACACAUACCAUUAACACAGGUUCCGUCUUCAAUAACUUCAGAUCCGAGGCUAUGUUCACUUUCUAUGGCUCAAAAUAAGACGGAAGCUGACCCUAAUCAUUCAUCUACUAAAAUAUCCAAAAGUGAGCCUAUAACUUUAGCUAUGCCAUUGCCAACGCGAGCGAAAGCACCAGUAGCACAUCAAACAUCUGUUAAACAAAAUGGCGCAACAAAUCUUAAAAAUACAGCAUCGCCUGUUAGUCUAUCUAAAGGUCAAUCUUCUACAGUUUCUACAGCAAAUAGUGAGACUCAUCCUGAUAUUCAAAAUAUAACAACUGAAAUGUCAAAAUUGAGUACAAAACGUACUGAACCAAGAAAUUUUCGGUUACAUAAUUCUGGAAAUUAUUUAAUGCAACAACGUCAUGGAAGACGUCGCAAUAAUGACCACGGUUAUCUUCAGAAUUUCUCAAAUACAGUUGAAGCACCAGAAGAAGAAUUUAAUUUUACGCUUUGGAAUGCAAAAUUUAAGAAAGAUGUUUUAAAAUCCUCUAACAAGCAGGAUACAGAUGAUUCAAAUAAUUCAUCUAUUCCUUCUAAAGAAAAUUAUUAUGAUAGUAGGAAAUCUUUCUUUGAUAACAUAUCAUGUGAAAAUAAAGAACGUAUUGAAAAUAAAGAAAAAGGAAAUAGUAGAAUAAGACGUGAUCAAGAAAGAAGCCAAAAUAUGGAAACUUUCGGUCAAGCUCGAUUACAAACAAAAAAGCAAGGUAAAGGUCGAGGAAGAGGUGGAUUUUAUGGCGGUUAUCAGGGUCACAAGUAUAAAAAUGGCAAUAAAAAUCAACGUACAGUAAACGGUGAAUCAGUACAACAAAUACAAACGUAGCAAUCUCCUUUUUAUAAACUAUGGUAUUUUUAGUAUUCUAUCGUCUUACAAAAUAUGAUAAUUUUCAAUUAAA